AUGGCAGAGCAGAGUAGCCACGAUGUGGUAAACCAAACCCGGUCGGGCGGCGACCUAUCGCCUUCCGACGUCCCUGCGAGCAAACCUGUCAAAUACACAACUGGAGGGGAUGGGGAAGAUGUUGGUACUCUCGAUAGCAAGGAUCGAAGACGACAAGGUACAAGCACAGAAUCGCGGGCCAAGCCGGAUGGGGAAAGUAUGCAGUGCACUUCCCAUCUCGACGAACGCAUUUCAUUAGGAUAUGACACUGAUGAAUUGGAGACAACUACGAAAGGACCUGAAGCGAAUGGAGUUGAAUCGGAAUCUCCCAUCGGAGACCACGGGACGCCUAAUAGCCAGCUUGUAGAUGGAAGCGGGGGCUCCGAUACGGACGUGAGCCGAAAUGAUAUACGAUCAUUGUCAAAAGACAGCACGCAGCAUUCCCGUACGAGUUCCGUUAAACGGCCAGCAUCCUUUAAACCUGUUUCUUUUGCAAAAUUCUCUAUAGCGAAAUCGCCGGGCGCAAUGAGCAGUUCUAAAGCUACUGCUGAGCAAGUUCCGUUUUCUACCUCAAAUACCUCGACUACACCUACUCUGCAAGCUUCAAGACCUCGCCUGGUCGCCAAAUCAACCAGCAGCAUGCGCGAUUCGACCCCAAGACCCUUCGGUGGUAACAGUAGGAAUGGAUCAGGAGCGCCUGACCCCAACCAAGUAUGGAACAAAAACCGACCUGUGCAACCACCUCCUACGAAGCACCUAACAGACGAAGAGUUAAAGCAACAGUAUGGCAUCCACAUGACCUCUCGCAUCCAGGCCGAUGGCGAUGGCAAGGAGUCAAAAUGGGCAGAUAUCGACGACGACGAGGAUGAUUGGGCACCGGAAACAAUUGAAUGGAAUGAUGGUACCAAAAUUAGUUUGACUCAGACGGAAACUCUCCCUCUUUCGACUCAAGCAAAAACGGAAUCUCAAAUCAAAUCGGCAACACAACAGCCAACACUGCUGGAAACAAAACCCGGCCGUGGAGAUCCCAAAAUCCUUACUUCAAAACCGCCAAGCUCACUUGGCCCGAACGCAACGAUUCUUAAACUCGGCGCUAACGUAGACAAGCACCAAUCCCGGUUGGGCAGUGAUUCGAGCAAAGGAAUGAACGAAAAGGAAACUCUUGCUAAAGGACUCUCCGCUGCAGCGAAAUCUCCUUGGGCGCCAUUACCUCCGAUUGACAGAGUCUCCCCGGUUGCUGUUAAUCCUUCGGCUCAACAACGGCCUUCACGUUUUUUCCAGGGUGAUCGUAGUGGACCAGAAGCGACAACGCCGGCAUCAAUUCCGACUAAAGAAAUUGCAGCGGAUGAUUUCAACCGUUCCUGGAGAGACACUCAAUCAGCUGCGCCCCGGGAAUUGUAUAAUUCCCAGUCUGGUCGAUAUGAACCCGUAUCUGAACCCCGCCGGGGACAGCCUAAGAACGACACACAUUUCCGCCCAUCAUCUUUGCUUCAAAGGCCAAAUCAGAAUGAGCAGGUCGGCCCGGCAGAACCUUCACCUGCGUUUCAGACGAGCCGAUCUAGUACUUCCCAAGAAGCUGGCUCAUGGACUCGUCGCCGUGCGUCAUCAAAUGUUAGCGGAGGCAGCGGGGUUAUGGCCCGGCGAUUAUCCAUAAGCAAACCAGAUCUCAGCCAUAGGAAUCACGAUCUUCCGCCGCGUAGAGGCUCUCAGCAAAAUGAGCGCUCCACUUCCCCUCGCAGGUCUUAUCAAAAAGGUGGGUAUGCUCCAAGAGGGCCUUCUCCCUCUCAUCAACCAGUUCAGAACAUUCCAAACCACGCCCCUUCUUCGCAUUACGCUCCGUCUGGCAUGCCUCCACCACCUGCCACCGACCCUGCCCUCUCGCAGAUGCCUCCUGUAGAGGACCCUGUUACCAUGCAACAACGGAUCAUGCGCGAGAAACGGGAAAUGGCAAGACAACGCAGACUCGAAGAAGAAGCGAAGGAAGAGGCUGCAAAACAAGAGCGAAUUCGAUUAAAGCUCGAAGCUAUGGGGCCACCUCCAUCAGAGAAGCAACCUGCGAAACAGAGCUCGCCAUCAAUGGAACCUGCCAAACAAACCACUGUAGCCCAUUCGGCCCCGAAACCUCCCGUUCCGGAACCCAGUGGAGAGCCCAAACAGUAUGGGAUGAUGAAGGUACAUCCUCCUGAACCAGUUAAGAAGUUCGUGGCACCCAAUGAAAAAGCCGAUGUCAAGCCAGGUAUUUCUGCUUCUCAGGCUCCUCAGUUGCCGUCCUCCCGAGAUUCGAAGUUUGAACAAGCAAGAUCGGCCGUGCCACCACCCUCUCUGAAUGGUGUUCGACCGACGGAAUUGCCUAGUGUCAAAAUACCAGAACCUCAGCCAGACAUAUCUGGAGAUAGAACUUUGCCUUGGAAAGGAGCCGUACCAACGACAAGUUCUUAUUCGUCGUGGUCUGGCGCAAAGAUGGGCACCCAUGCCACUACAGGCAGCCUCUGGGGCCCGCCAAAUAACGAUAAAGCCCUUGGUAACGGCACUUUCGACAAAACCCUCACUGGUUUUCCCUCUAGAGACCUUGCGCCCCACGGCCCUUUGGCAUUGUCAGAUCAACCCCCCAUUGGACGGCCGCAGCCGAGCGUGGAAAGAGUAGGUGCUCCUGAACGCCCCCAUCCACAAUUACCUAGUGCGCCGAAGAUGAUAGCGGAUACCUCAUUGUCGUCUCCUUUGUCUUCACCUGAACAACGCCCAGGUCGUCUGGCCACUGCUGAAAACGUGAAGCCGAUUUCUCGACCAGGUCCCAUCGCCCCACCGACAGCGUAUAAUCAAGGGCAGCGAUGGCAACAAAAUCAGUUUUCUCGCCGCUCAGAAGAAACCGCCGCGUGGAAUAACUUUCAUCUCGUUGCAAGGAAGGCCGAGCUGGAAGAAAAUGAACGAUUCUCAUCGAGAUCUACAGGCUAG